CGUUGCGCUUUUUCUCCCCCCGGGCAAGUUUGGCAAAAGCUCGCAGUUUGCAGCGCGGGUCCCGGAGGGGUUGGCAAGCAGCCUCGUCGCCUCGGGAAGCUGCUGCAAGGAGGUCAAGACUCGCCCGGCAAUGUCGCGGCCUCUGACGGACCAGGAGAAGCGGAAGCAGAUCAGCAUCCGUGGCAUCGUCGGGGUGGAGAACGUGGCCGAGCUGAAGAAAGGCUUCAACCGGCACCUGCACUUCACGCUGGUCAAGGACCGCAAUGUGGCCACGCCGCGAGACUACUACUUCGCCCUGGCUCAUACCGUGCGGGACCACCUGGUGGGCAGGUGGAUCCGUACCCAGCAGUAUUACUACGAGAAGGACCCGAAGAGAGUUUACUACCUUUCCUUGGAGUUCUACAUGGGCCGCACUUUGCAGAACACCAUGAUCAACCUGGGCUUGCAGAAUGCCUGCGACGAGGCCAUCUAUCAGUUAGGGCUGGACAUAGAAGAGCUGGAGGAGAUCGAAGAAGACGCCGGGCUGGGCAACGGGGGUCUUGGCCGGCUGGCUGCCUGCUUCCUGGACUCCAUGGCCACGCUGGGACUGGCUGCCUACGGUUACGGGAUCCGGUACGAAUAUGGUAUCUUCAACCAGAAGAUCAGAGAUGGCUGGCAGGUGGAGGAAGCGGAUGACUGGCUGAGACACGGAAACCCCUGGGAGAAAGCCCGUCCGGAAUACAUGCUUCCCAUUCACUUCUAUGGAAGAGUGGAGCACACCCAGACCGGCGUGAGAUGGGUCGAUACACAGUUUUUCGAGGGGAAAGAGCUGCGUCUGAAGCAGGAAUACUUUGUGGUGGCUGCUACCCUGCAGGACAUCAUCCGGCGCUUCAAAGCCUCCAAGUUCGGGAGUACGGAAAGUGUCCGGACGGCUUUCGAUUCUUUUCCUGAGCAGGUCGCAAUCCAGCUGAACGACACCCACCCUGCGAUGGCCAUCCCGGAACUGAUGAGGGUGUUCGUGGAUAUCGAACGGCUUCCGUGGUCUAAGGCCUGGGACAUCACCACGCGGACCUUCGCAUACACAAACCACACCGUUCUCCCUGAAGCUCUUGAGCGCUGGCCGGUCGACCUGGUGGAGAAGCUGCUCCCGAGACAUCUGCAGAUCAUCUACGAAAUAAACCAGCGGCACCUGGACAGAAUCUCGGUCAUGUUUCCGAAGGACGUUGAGCGCAUCAGGCGGAUGUCCCUGAUCGAAGAGGAAGGGGUCAAGCGCAUUAACAUGGCCCAUCUCUGCAUCGUCGGCUCCCAUGCAGUCAACGGGGUGGCAAAGAUCCACUCGGAUAUCAUCCGGAACCAAGUGUUCAAGGACUUUGCGGAUAUUGAGCCCGAGAAGUUUCAGAACAAAACCAACGGCAUCACUCCCCGGCGCUGGCUCCUGCUGUGUAACCCGGGACUGGCCGAAUUAAUUGCGGAGAAAAUCGGCGAGGAGUAUGUGAAAGAUCUGCACCAGCUGACGAAGCUGCACAAAUUUGUCCACGAUGAGAUUUUCAUCCGAGAGGUCGCCAAAGUGAAGCAGGGCAUGCGCGUGUCGGAUGUGGACGAGCUGGACAAAAGAGGGUACAUCGCUAAAGACUAUUAUGACCGGAUUCCUGAGCUCAAGCACGCCAUCGACCAGAUCAAGAGUGGCUUCUUCUCACCCAAACAACCCGACCUUUUCAGAGACGUGGUCGACAUGUUGUUUCACCAUGACAGGUUUAAAGUUUUUGCAGACUACGAAGCUUAUGUCCGGUGUCAAGACAGCGUCAGUCAACUCUACAUGAACUCCAGGGAGUGGACCAAAACAGUCAUCCGGAACAUUGCGGCCUCCGGGAAGUUCUCCAGCGACAGGACCAUCAAGGAAUACGCCCGGGACGUCUGGGGCGUGGAGCCUUCCGACAUCAAGAUCCCGCCCCCCAACGUGCCCCGGGACGUGGCCGAUGAGCAGAUGGCCAACGAGAUGACCGACAAGUUACACAUGUGAACCCGAGAAAUGCUUAGCUCUUGUUUGCAUAGCGGCUGUGCUGUACAGGGUGGGGAACGCGUCCCCCCAGCGUUGCUUAGGUGUUACCAGUAGUAAAGGUUAUGGGGCUCUUGCAAUUUGGCUUCUGGGUGU